CUCCUUCCCCUGUCCAGAAUUGGGGAACUGCUAACACGGUCACGAAGCAAAUAAAUUUCUGUGCACUCCCUACCCUCCGCGUUUCUUUCUCUGCUCGUCACAGGUCCCAGAAAUCAACAAAUUUCCUCCCAUACAGGUCUCCCCACACCUCUUUCUUUUCCUCCAAAUCUUAUCCAUUUUUCCUCGCCAUCAUGGCCUCUUCGACUGCGUCUCGCCUCGAAAAGGAGGAUCAUGCGCGUGAUGCUGCCUUCAACAAGGCGAUGCAUGGCAACUCGGCCAAGGCCAGAGGUGGUGUUGUUGCCAUGUUGAGCAAGGGAGGCGAGGCGAAGAAGGCUGCUGUUGACGAAUACUUCAAACAUUGGGACAACAAGGCUGCCAAAGACGAAACUCCCGAGGAGAGAGCUGCGCGCCAAGCCGAGUACGCCACUCUGACCAGGCAUUACUACAACCUUGCGACCGAUUUGUACGAGUAUGGCUGGGGACAGUCCUUCCACUUCUGCCGCUUCUCCCCCGGAGAGCCUUUCUACCAGGCCAUCGCCCGUCAUGAGCAUUAUCUCGCCCACUGCAUCAACAUCCAGCGUGACAUGAAGGUCCUCGAUGUUGGUUGCGGCGUUGGUGGUCCGGCGCGCGAAAUCGCCAAGUUCACUGGCUGCCACAUUACCGGUCUGAACAACAACGAUUACCAGAUUGAGCGCGCCACCCACUACGCCGCCAAGGAAGGGUUGUCAAAUCAGUUGGAGUUUGUCAAGGGAGAUUUCAUGCAAAUGUCAUUCCCCGACAACACUUUCGAUGCCGUCUACGCUAUCGAGGCUACCGUGCACGCCCCCACUCUUGAGGGCAUCUACAGCGAGAUCUAUCGCGUCCUUAAGCCCGGUGGCGUCUUCGGCGUCUACGAGUGGCUGAUGACGGACAAGUACGAUAACGACAACUUGCACCACCGCGAGAUUCGCCUGGGCAUCGAGCAGGGCGAUGGUAUUUCCAAUAUGUGCAAGGUCUCGGAUGCUCUGGCGGCCAUGAAGGCUGCCGGUUUCGAGCUGAUCCUCAAUGAGGAUCUCGCCAAGGAAGACGACCCUAUGCCCUGGUGGUGGCCCAUGGCUGGUGAAAUUCGCUACGUGCAGACUUUCUUCGACCUCUUCACGGUCGUUCGUAUGACCAAGUGGGGGAGAUUCUUCGCACACAACGUCGCCGGUUUCCUGGAGACUCUCAGGUUAGCCCCGCCCGGUACCAAGAAGACGGCCGACAGCCUGGCCCUUGCUGCCGACUGCCUAGCUGCAGGUGGCAGGGAGCAUCUCUUCACGCCCAUGUACCUCAUGGUCGGCAAGAAGCCCGAGUGAUGGCUGUUGGAGGUGGACUCGAUCCCGAUUUAAGGGUCAUUGAUGAGAGGAGGAACGCAGGAAUGAGGGUACAUCAAGGACUUUGGAAGUGCAAAAGAGCGGGAGCUUCUUGGUUUUACAUGCUUGUAAUCUUGUCUCAUUCCCCCAUAAUUCACUUCGUCACGGGGCAUGGAGAAACAGUGGGCGUCAUUCAAUGUAGAAUAUUCACGUAUGAGGUCUGGGUUCAUUAGAGGGCUUGAAGCUAUAAGAGACGGAUCUUCCACAUCAUGAACAGCAACCGGACGGAAUACCUUAUAUGUCUGGUACGUUACUAAAGUACUGACCUCUAUGUUAGGUAUGCUACCCGGGGCCUGAGGUAGGCAUAUGUACUACCUAGGUAGCUAAGGUAAGUAUAUCUUCCAUGGGUGCUACCUCAGGCAG